AUGGCCUCCGGGUCCGAGUCCGAGAGCGACGACCUGUGCGUCGUCCUCGACGCCGACGGGCGCGUCUUCGGCGCGGGCGAAGGGUUGGACUACGCCUUCCGCGCGUUCGACGCGUUCGCGCCGCUGGUCCCCGCCGGCGGUCGAUCGCCGACGUCCGAAGACGAGAACGAUUUAACAUCAUCGUCGCCGUCGACGCCGCCGUCGUCCAUCGACGACCUCGUCGCGGACGCGCUGCUCGUGGACUCGCCGUUGGCGGGCGACGCGGCGACGCACUGGCUGAGCGCGCGCGCCGCGCGCGCGCCGCGGUGCGCGCUCGAGGAGCUCGCGGCCGCGAUCUUCGCGUUCCACACGCGCGAUCUUCGCGGUCCCGACGCGUUCGAGGAAUCCAGCAGCGGCGUAGAGUGGUGGGUCCAAGCGCGCCCGUCGCUGAAGUUGCACUGGGACAAGGACGAGGAGCUGCGCGUCGCGACCGGGCUGUGGGUGCACCCGCAGGUGAGCACGGUGACGUACCUCACCGGCGGCGGUUCAGGCGGGACGCGUCAGGCGCCGACGGUGGUGUUCGAGGGCGUCGUCGCCGGGCCGGUCGCGAGAGGGCACGGCGGCGGCGGCGGCGGAGACGAUGUUACGUCCGCGGGGAGCCCGCGCGCGAGCGCGAUGUGCGCGAGCUACCCGGAGGCGGGGAAGCACGUGUCGUUCGACGGGAGGAUGUUACAUGGGGUGUUGCGAGAGUUGGCGGACGGCGGCGGCGGCGGCGGCGGCGGGCGGAUCACGUUUCUCGCCAACGUGUGGCUGAACCACGCGCCGAGAGGGGUGAAGCCGCUCCCGGGGUCGAUCCUGCCGUCGCUCGGACCGCCGUCGACCGGGCCGACGCCCGCGGUCGCGGCGCCGAGAGACGCGGCGGUGACGACGACGACGGUCACGGUGUCAGACACGGACACGUGCGCGUCGGUCGCGACCGCGUCGGACGCGUUUUCGGACGAGCGCGUCUUCGGAUGGUCCGGGGACGAGUUCGCGCUCUCGGACGGCGCGCGAAGGGGCGCGCGCGCGAUCCGCGACGCGGGGAGCGCGUCGGGGACGGUUCGCGUGGCGCUGCCUCCGGAGUGCGGGGUCGACGUAUUCGUCGUGGAGAACGAGGGGGUGGGGAGCGCCGCGAAGAAGAGACGAGCGGGAUUGCCCUAG